CCCCCCCCCCCCCCUCUCUCCCUCUCUCCCAUGUGCGCCUCCAUCCCGUUCGUCUUCUGCUCGUUCGAUGCCUAGGGUUUUCGGAGCAGCCUCUUUCCAGGUUUUCUGGUGUUUCAGGAGCUGGAUUCACCAUCCUUUUUAAGAAGAAUCCCCAUCUGCCACCGCCUUUGUUGAUUAGAUUUUGGGUGGCUUGUUUCUCAGUCAUCGGCCAGCCUAAAGCUGCGAUUUUCGAUCUUCGGGGCUGGGGUGAGCUCUUGCUGUGUGUGUUCUUGCGAUACGGUUUGAUUAGGGCAGGGGUUUCAUAGUUUUGUGUGUUCGUGGGUGUGGCGUGACUGAGGGAAACUUGAAAUUUUGAUGGCAUUGGGGGAUUUGAUUGGUCAGAGAAGAGAUAGGGAUUCUGAGACCGCAAGCAGUAGUUACGGCAAUGCCGCUGCCGCUACUACUGCUACGAGCUUGGCGUAUUUGCCGCCGACUGUCGUUUUGUAUGAGCUCAGACAUGAAGCUUUCGAGGACUGUGUUCCAUCCGGUCCUUCUGGUAGUGGCUUGGUCUCAAAAUGGCGGCCUAAGGACCGAAUGAAGACAGGAUGUGUUGCUCUUGUUCUGUGUUUAAACAUCAGUGUUGACCCUCCUGAUGUAAUUAAGAUAUCUCCUUGUGCCAGAAUGGAGUGCUGGAUAGAUCCAUUUUCUAUGGCCCCUCAGAAAGCACUUGAAACAAUUGGGAAAGAAUUGAGUAUUCAGUAUGAAAGAUGGCAACCAAGGGCCCGCUACAAGAUCCAAUUAGAUCCUACUGUAGAAGAAGUGAAGAAACUUUGUACUACAUGUCGAAAGAGUGCAAAGUCUGAAAGAGUUCUCUUUCACUACAAUGGGCAUGGUGUGCCAAAGCCAACUGCUAAUGGUGAAAUUUGGCUAUUCAAUAAGAGCUAUACACAAUACAUCCCACUGCCGAUUAGUGACCUUGAUUCCUGGUUAAAGACACCAUCAAUAUAUGUUUUUGAUUGCUCAGCUGCUGGAAUGGUUGUCAAUGCGUUCAUAGAGCUUCAGGACUGGAACACAUCUUCUGGAUCUUCCAUGAGGGAUUGCAUUCUGCUUGCUGCCUGUGAAGCACAUGAGACUCUUCCUCAGAGUCCAGAAUUUCCUGCUGAUGUAUUUACAUCGUGCCUCACUACACCCAUUAAGAUGGCAUUAAGAUGGUUCUGUACUCGAUCAUUACUUCAUGAAUCUCUUGAUUAUUCACUUAUAGACAGAAUUCCAGGCCGCCAAAAUGACCGUAAAACACUUCUAGGUGAACUGAAUUGGAUUUUUACUGCAGUGACUGACACAAUUGCUUGGAAUGUUCUCCCACAUGAUCUUUUCCAGAGAUUGUUCAGGCAAGAUCUGUUAGUUGCUAGUCUUUUCCGAAACUUUUUACUUGCUGAGAGAAUAAUGCGUUCUGCAAAUUGUUCCCCUAUUUCCUAUCCUAUGUUGCCAUCCACACAUCAGCAUCAUAUGUGGGAUGCCUGGGACAUGGCUGCUGAAAUUUGCCUUUCUCAGCUUCCAGCUUUGGUUGAAGAUCCUAAUGCAGACUUCCAGCCAAGUCCAUUUUUCACAGAACAGUUAACAGCUUUUGAGGUGUGGCUUGAUCAUGGAGCUGAACAUAAAAAGCCACCUGAGCAGUUGCCAAUUGUUCUUCAGGUUUUACUUAGUCAGUGCCAUCGCUUUCGUGCUUUGGUGCUUCUUGGAAGAUUCCUUGAUAUGGGACCCUGGGCUGUGGAUCUGGCCUUGUCAGUUGGCAUUUUUCCAUAUGUACUAAAGCUGUUGCAAACAACUACUCCAGAGCUACGCCAGAUUCUCGUAUUUAUAUGGACGAAGAUUCUGGCACUCGAUAAGUCAUGUCAGGUUGAUCUGGUAAAGGAUGGGGGGCACAUUUACUUCAUAAGGUUUUUAGAUAGCAUGGAAGCAUACCCAGAACAGCGUGCAAUGGCUGCAUUUGUUUUGGCCGUCAUUGUAGAUGGACACCGUCGGGGUCAGGAGGCAUGCAUUGAAGGUGGUUUGAUAGGUGUAUGCUUGAAGUACCUCCAAAAUUCAACUUCAAAUGAUGCACAGGCUGAACCACUAUUUCUUCAGUGGCUUUGCCUUUGUCUGGGGAAGCUUUGGGAGGAUUUCACGGAGGCACAGAUGAUAGGUUUGCAGGCUGAUGCCCCAGCUGUAUAUGCACCUCUACUUUCUGAACCCCAACCUGAGGUGAGAGCCUCGGCUGCUUUCGCGCUGGGCACUUUGCUUGAUAUUGGAUUUGACUCAUCCAGAGAAGCAGCUGGAGAUGGAGAAGGUGAUGAUGAUGAAAAAGUUAGAGCUGAAAUUAGUAUUAUCAAGAGCCUUUUGAAUGUUGUUUCAGAUGGAAGCCCACUUGUACGUGCAGAGGUUGCUGUAGCUUUGGCACGUUUUGCCUUUGGCCACAACAAGCACUUGAAGUCCAUUGCUGCAGCCUACUGGAAACCUCAGUCUAACUCUGUGCUUAGUUCCUUGCCAUCUUUGGCCAAGAAGGGUACUGGGACUGGUUAUACUACUCCAACCCAAUACAUGCCACAUGGAACUAUUACGGCUUCUCAACUUGGUCAUCUUUUUAGAGUUGGAGGAGACAAUCAAGCAGCAGUUCGAGAUGGAAGGGUCUCCACCAGUAGUCCCCUUGCUUCUUCUGGGACAAUGAAUGGAUCUCCUGUGUCUGAUGAUUCAUCCCAACAUUCUGAUUCUGGCACAUUGAAUGAUGGUGUGAGUAAUGGGGUUAUAAACAAUACAAUGCCAAGACCUCUAGACAACACAUUGUAUUCACAAUGUGUAUUGGCUAUGCUAACAUUGGCAAAGGAUCCAUCACCUCGUAUUGCUAGCCUUGGCAGGCGAGUACUAUCCAUUAUUGGGAUUGAACAAGUUGUGACAAAAUCUGUGAAGACUACUGGCAGCAAUAUUCGGGCUGGUGAAUCGCCAAGUCUUGCUGGUCUAGCCCGUUCAUCUUCAUGGUUUGAUAUGAAUGGAGGACAUUUGCCCCUAACGUUUAGAACUCCACCAGUUAGUCCUCCUCGUCCAAGUUACUUAUCAGGAAUGAGAAGAGUUUACUCACUAGAGUUUAGACCCCACCUUAUGAAUUCACCAGACACUGGAUUAGCUGAUCCACUUUUAGGCUCUGGUGGAGCAUCUGGGUUUUCAGAGCACAGUUCUCUUCCACAAUCUACUAUCUACAAUUGGAGCUGUGGUCACUUCUCGAAGCCACUUCUUACAGCUGCUGAUGACAGCGAAGAAGUAGUGGCUAGAAGAGAGGAGAGAGAGAAAAUUGCCCUGGACAACAUUUCCAAGUGCCAGCAUUCAUCCAUUAACAAGUUGCAUAAUCAAAUUGCUAGUUGGGAUACAAAGUUUGAGACAGGUACCAAAUCAAUUUUGCUCCAACCUUUUAGUCCAGUUGUGAUAGCUGCAGAUGAGACUGAACGAAUCAGGAUAUGGAACUAUGAGGAAGCUACGCUGCUCAAUACUUUUGACAAUCAUGAUUAUCCUGACAAAGGAAUAUCAAAGCUUUGUCUCGUGAAUGAGCUUGAUGACAGCUUGCUUCUUGUUGCUUCCUGUGACGGGAAUGUCCGCAUUUGGAAAGAUUACACUUCAAAGGAUAAACAAAAACUUGUGACUGCCUUCUCUUCAGUCCAAGGUCAUAGACCUGUUGUGCGAAAGGUGAAUGCAAUUGUGGAUUGGCAGCAGCAGUCUGGAUAUCUGUAUGCUGCCGCUGAUAUUUCACCCAUUAUGGUGUGGGACCUGGAUAAAGAGCAGCUUGUUAACUCUGUCCCUUCGUCAUCAGAUAGCAAUAUCUCAUCAUUGUCUGCUUCUCAAGUUCAUGCGGGUCAAUUUGCAGCUGGUUUUGCGGAUGGCUCUGUUAGACUGUUUGACAUUCGGACACCUGAUAUGCUUGUCUGUGCGACACGGCCACACACCCAGAGAGUAGAGAGAGUGGUUGGGAUUGGUUUUCAGCCUGGACUUGAUCCAGGAAAGAUUGUCAGUGCAUCUCAAGCUGGUGACAUUCAAUUCCUCGAUGUGAGAUGGAAGAAGGAUACCUACUUGACAAUUGAUGCCCACAGAGGCUCCCUUACAGCUUUGGCUGUUCAUCGGCACGCACCCAUCAUAGCGAGUGGUUCAGCCAAACAGCUUAUCAAAGUCUUCAGUUUGCAGGGUGAACAAUUAGGAAGCAUCAGAUACUCCUACACUUUCAUGGGCCAGAAAAUAGGUUCUGUGAGCUGUCUUGCUUUUCAUCCUUAUCAAAUUCUGCUUGCGGCUGGUGCUGUAGAUGCAUGCGUCUCUAUCUUUGCCAACGAAGUUUCUCCUGCGAGAUGAGUGGCUAUGUUGAAUAUUCAUUCAUGUAUCUUUGGAUGGAAAUUAAGCCUUGUGGCCAUGACAGCAGCACAGAACAGCACAACACAACAGGGUAUCAGCUCAUCAACUGGAUUUCACUCAAGUGUCUCUCUGCACUCUGGCUUACCCUUCUCAGUGCCCGGUGAUAAUAUGAGAAUGCGAUAAAAUACUGCUAGCUCCCUGCCCUGCAGCUAGCAGCUGCCUGCUCUGCUGAAUUUGUGGCAUAUGACUGAAUGAAUGAAUAUUCCAUCAGCCUCCAGUCCAGUGUUUGUUUCAAGAUCCUUCCUAUACGAGUUGGCAAGUUUGAGGCUUUGGCAAAUAAUCCCUUUUUAUGUGUAAGUAAAAAUGAUGUAAAUAUUGUUUUUGUUUUCCUUGCUUCCCAAAAUGACUAACCAAACCCCCCCCCCCCCCCCCCCCCCCCCCCUAAAAAAAAAAAAGGUAAGGAAGGAGGAAAGGAAAUGUGGUGUGAUCUAUUUUGUAAAAGCAACUAAAAUAUCUCUCAUGGUUAUGAUAGAAAUUUGUUUAGCUUUAUAAAUGCAAAAGUUAAAAUUCCUUGUACAA